AGAAGUUGCUUCGAAGAGUUAUUCCACGUUCCAUGUGAAAAUAAGUUGACCGUCGUUUUCUCGAUCGACGCAACAACGCCUCACCCGAUGAUGAAGAGGAAAGCCAUGUAUAUGGGGAUGUUACUCGCCACGAUUGCGAUAAUUCGGGCGAAACCACUAAACUCCUCGCUCAACGAAUCGGCUAACGAAAUCGAUGACGAUGAAGCGAGCCUGCAGAGGAAUCCGCUUGAGUCCAAGAAACAGGAUCCUGCUUUGCCGACCAAUGGCGACCAGAUAGCUACCGCGCCGCAAGCCGACACGACGUACUCGGCAGUUGGUACCGUGAUCGACGCGACAGUUCGACCCAACGACGAGGUCCCGACGACGAAGCCGGGCCCGCUCGCGUGGUUUCUGACGCCGCUGACGCAGAAGAUUCAGUUCUCGCCGCAGUCGUUCCUGCAGGAUCGCCUGGUCCUGUUGAAAGAGGCACUGAGCAAUCUAGGCAUCAGCGUGCAGCAGAACGCGACGGCGAAGCAAUUGAACGGCGGCCUGGUGCACUUUGUGAGCCCGAGCGAUUCCGGUUUCUACACGAACCGGCUGGAGCCGGCCGGUUUCCUGGGCGGUAACGGCUGGUUCGCCAACAAGGGCGGCAUUCUCGGCGGACCAGGAGCCAUCGUCUCCACCGGCAGCCUCCUCACAGAUUACCCGACUGCUUACAGGAAAUAGGACGGGUCGUCGGAUCCGUUUAUUAUUCGUAUAUGUAAAUAAUCAAGCAGCAGCGGAGUGUUCGCGCGCGAGAUUCAACGCGCUGCGAAUGACACGGUUUGAAUCGGCGUUCGACUACGGAUUUGUCGAGUGAGUCGCGCACGAACGUAUCACAGAUUUUCCAUCUCCCUUUCUCUCUCCUUUUAACAAAAAAUAUACGUUAGGAUAAUAAUAAUUGUAAUGAUAAUAAUUUCUUCAAGCGUAAUACGUACAUAACAAAUACAGAAAAUACAGGAAAUGCGGAAGAAACAAAAAAGGAAAAAGAUCCAAGUAAAAGGCAAAACAAUAUUGAGGCUGUUAUUGCUGCCUUAGCUACAAAGAAAAGAAAAAAGGAUAUAACGUCAGAGUCAAUAAUAUUUCCACUAUAAAUAAUCGUCAACAUCUUAAAUGUCGUGACGGUCACUGGUGAGCGGCAUUAUGCAUUACUAUACUGUACGCGCGCGCGCGCACGUAUGUAUGUGUCUCAAUUAAGUCACGCGUGAAAUAAAAUUAAUUCUGUUCAGAAAGAGAUUGGCGAUACGGCCAAUGGAGAGUCAACGAGGUAAAAAGCAAACGCGUCUCGAAUAACAUUUAUAUUCACUGUCUCUUUGGUAAUUCAAUUAUCGGCUACGCUUUUGUGCAACCCGAGGAAAUCGACGCGGCACUCGGCGUGUUAACGGCGAAGUGCUCCUGGUAAAUCGAGCUUGUGAGAAAUGUAGGCGGGGAAUGUAGCGUUAGGUAAAUUAUUACGAGCGCCGCGUGCACGCAAAUACACUUCUUUUUCUAUACACAUCAGUAAUUUACUCUAUUUAUCAUGUGUACUCCGUUUACGCAAUAAAGCGAGCUCGUCGAGCUCGUCGAGCCCGAGCAAACGCGCACACACACAUACACGUAGUAGCCGCGACUAACUCCUCCUCUUCCUCCUGUCUGUCCUCCCUCAUUGCGUUGCGCAGCGUCCGUCGCGACGUAAAUGCAUUUUUCAUGCAACUUCCUCGACGAUGCAACAUCGUCGCGCUCGCUUCGGGGACUUUUAACGAGCCAUGGAACACUCUCCCUCUCACUCUCUCUUUCCCUCGUAUUAUCGGUGACGCGCGCGCCGAUGAAAAAGAGAUGGGCGGAGAGGGAGGGAGGUAGGCGAUAAAAUGAAUUAUUGACCGCGAAUGUCGCGAAAAAUGCGCGACGGGCGCGACGCGUUAUUGGAAAUGCAUAAGAUAUCCGGUAUCUCGCGAAUUCAAAGGGCGAUUCUCCGGAUCGUUCGCUCUGCGAGGGUUGGGCGCAGCGCGAAAGCGGGCUCGGCCGCGAGGAAUUUCAUUUCUACCGAAUUGAGAUUCGAUGCCGAGGCCGAGCCGUAGCCGUCGACGACGUGGCAUCGGCGAUCGGUGUACUUACUCUCAAUCCCUCUUGCUCUCCCCCUUCAUUCCCCUCAGCCCGACCCAUUCGUGUCUCGACGCAGUUGUGGUCACCUGUAAUCCGAGCGGGCUGAAAUAUCGUCCGUUACGCGAGCGAUCGCGUGCCGAUAUCUCUCCCGAGGCGAGGUUUAUUAAAAACGAUGACUGACUCGCGCGCUAACUUGUUAUCCUCGCGAAAACGAUGCGCGCCGCGUUACGUACCGUGAUGUCUGGUAAUUGGUAACGCGAUGAGCGAUCAAGAGCAGAUCCUGACCCUCUGCUGUAAGUCGAACCACUUCGCGAGGGCGACCAUUUCGCUUCUGCGACAUUCGACUUUGACCUUUUCGUCAUUUCAAACGAUAUUUUCGAUGGUCACUUCUCGCUUUAAAAUUGAAAAGACAAAGUUAAAAAAACGAGAAUUUUUGGCAUACGUUUUCUCGCUCUUUAUUAAUCAAGAGUUCCGCGACGAGCGCACAGGAGCCUUAAUCAACAUCUUAAUCGUCUUAAUAAUCGAUGUUGAAGCUCAAUAAUUACAUUUAAAAAUUAUUUAGUAUUCAAUCUCAUAUAUCAACAGUUUAACUUAAAUUAAAAUUUAUCUUAAUUUAUAUUAA